GUCCGACCUGGAAGUGUAUCCGUAGGAUCUUUCGUCUGAGCGUCCUUCAGCUGUGAGCGACCGUUGCUUAGGACACCCGUUUGCCUCUACAGUACGUAGGGAUGGAAUCUAGGGACGCCCACACCCAUCCCUUGUUACGCCCUAAAGUGUAAGCGGGGGCACCAGUGGGGGGACCUUUUACCUCGUCGGGAGUGCGACACACGCGCCGAUUGCCGUAUCCAUUACUCGAUCAUUAAAAACCAAAUGCCACAGGCGUGAUGUUCUGGAUCGUGGCCGUGGUGGUGCUGGUGGCGGGGGUCGGCGACAUGACGGAGGCCGCCAACAUGGAGGACACCGUGCGUGACCUGUACGACGCGCCGGCCGAGCAGCAGGCGCGCUUUUUCUUGAACUACGACAAGUCGGCUGCCUUCAACACCUCCGUGGCCUUCACCAUCCCGCUCUUCUCCUUCACCUUACCCGGCGCCGGAGACACGUCGGCGGCCGGCAUGGACCUGCAGUCCUUCGGCGCCCUCGCCUUCAUCGCCCUCUUCCUCCUGGGUGGCCUCGCCGUGUCCAUCUACACCACCACCCAGGGAGGCGUGUCCAAGAGGGAUCUCAGCGACGACGCGUCCUACCAGGAGUCCUUGCUCACCACCCUAGUGACGGAGUCCUUAGCGGGGCUCCCCAACGUCAUCGACACCAGGAGCUGCGCGCAACUGGCCGUCUGCGGCGCCUACUCCGAGCCCGAGAGAUACGGCCUCCUGGCGUGGCCCAUAAAGUUCCUCGUCUCGGACGACGAGACCAAACCGGAGGACGAGCUCUCUGCGUACCAGAAGGCCGCGAGGGUCGGCAGCCAGACCGAGGACGACUGCCAGUACGAGUACCCGUGUCUCGUGCAGCCCUUGGAGUUACUCCUCUACGUCUACGAUUACUGGUACGGCGAGGAGUAGAAGGCGCCGCCGCUACCUGCUCCUGACUGUUAGUUCCUACAAGCAAAGAGGCCACUGCAGACGGCUCGCUCUCCCUUCAAGCUGGUGAUGGUUGCCGUGAAGAGGUUGUUCGACCCGGCCGUUACAACGCGCCGGCUUGAGAGAGCGGCGAACGUCUGACCACAAAGACAGACGGGAACGUAAACGAAGACGAACGGAGUGGAGACUAAUCGACUAUUUUGUGGAAAACAGGAAAAAAGACGAACAAACUCGUGACCAAAAAUAUAACAAUAAACAAUCAAACAAAACUUUAAAUGAGUGGGGAUGACGUCAUUUUUGGAGCUGAAGUGACUGAUCGUGACUCAAGACUUUAUUUCCGUAGUGAAAAAAGACUUCCUACUAGACCUAAGUUAUACAGAAACGUGACUUUGUUGACCAAUACGCAGAAAAUCAAACCUUCACUGUGGGUCACCCUAACCCACGCUCCCAUGUAUCCAAAGACUACAACUUUGCCUUUGUGAAAUAAUGCAGACGAAACUGAAUGACGAAAACUAAUAAAAUGUGACAAAGAUCAUUUAAAAAUAUAUAAAAAUAGACAUUAGUACAAGCUCAGAUCCACGUGAAGAGUUCAGAACCCCGUGUGUAUUCAACCGAAGCAAAGGCAACGGGGGUGGGGUGGGAGGGGACUUUGUGGCUUAGUAUAUUGCCACAAAAACGUAUUCCGAACUUGUUCAUAAAGUGUUCUAUAAUGUUAGUGAAUCCUUCAUGUGACAACCAAGAGAAAAUGAUCACAGACAGGUAGAUAAAUGGUGUAAACUCGGAUGUACUUCUCUGCAUGAAGUCUAGUCUGAGGUAUAACAACGGUGUUCAUUAUUAACACUUGGCAUAGUAUAGCUGUACUAGUGGUUCUUGCCCUGUCGACCUGCAAGAAAUGGAACAUAAUUAUCAUAACAUAAUUAGAGAAGCUAAGAGUUCACUUCUUUGUGACUUUGAAGUUACGUAAAAUAUGAAAAGUUCAAGAAAAGGAGUAAGUGAAGCCUCAUGAACCUCAAAGUGGCAAAGAAUACGAAUUUUCGAAGCCUUUCACCGGCAGAGGAUAGCCGAUGACUUGCUCCAAAGCCAGUGGCAUUAGAACUUAUGAAUCCAAUGACAAUUUUAUCAGAAAUGCCGAUUUUUUAUGGUAACUGAAUAAUUUUUUUUAGCUGUAAACUGCUUCCUGAAUGUAGUUAAAUGUAUAUAGAUUUUAUUUCUUUCUCCUCUAUUUCCAAAUUAUCUCUUUAUUGGACUCCUUAAAUAUUGUCCUAAAAGAAAAUCUUCUUAGAUAAGGUAUUCUUGUAAGUGGCCCAGGUGCUAUUCGUAUACAGUUUAAAGAAUCCCAUUGCAAAACACCCAAGUCACUCUUAACUACUAUCUGUAACUCUGAGGUGUUAACCUUCUGACCAAUUAUGAUCUAUCCCCAAAAAUACAUAUAUUCCCCCUAAAUACACUUGGAACCGAUCAAUCCUCCCCAAAAUACACGGAAUCGAUCUAUCCCCCUAAAUACACUUGGAAUCGAUCUAUACCCCAAUAAAUAAUCUUGGAAUCGAUCUACCCACCUAAAAAAUACUUUUGGUAUCGAUCUGCUUUACCCAAAAAUGCUCUAGGAAUCUCUCCCCCUAAAAUGUACUUGGAAUCGAUCUACCC